CAUCAUAAAAACCCUAAUCUCCCUCGCCGCCUCCUUUUUAUACUCAAAACCCUAACACACGGAGGAGAACACAAACAGCGCGAGACAGAGGCACAGAGAGAAAAUGGUUUCGGGGUCAGGGAUCUGUGCCAAGAGGGUAAUUGUGGACGCACGACACCACAUGCUGGGGAGGCUGGCAUCGAUCGUGGCGAAAGAACUUCUGAAUGGGCAGAAGGUGGUGGUGGUACGCUGCGAGGAGAUUUGCAUCUCCGGUGGGCUCGUCAGGCAGAAGAUGAAGUACUUGCGUUUCCUCCGCAAGCGCAUGAACACCAAGCCCUCUCACGGCCCCAUCCAUUUCCGUGCACCCGGCAAGAUCUUCUGGCGCACCGUUCGUGGGAUGAUACCACACAAGACAAAGCGCGGGGAAGCUGCUCUUGCGCGAUUGAAGGUGUAUGAGGGCAUUCCUCCUCCUUAUGACAAGACCAAGAGGAUGGUUGUUCCUGAUGCUCUCAAGGUGUUGAGGCUUCAGAAGGGACACAAAUACUGUCAUCUGGGCCAAUUGUCAUCUGAGGUUGGAUGGAACUACUAUGAUACCAUCAGGGAACUUGAGAAGAAGAGGAAGGAGAGAGCACAAUUGUGUUACGAGAGGAAGAAGCAGCUUGCCAAAUUGAGGGAGAAAGCUGAGAAGGUUGCAGAGAAGAAGCUUGGUUCCCAAAUUGAAAUCCUUGCUCCUGUUAAGUACUAAGUAGUAUGCUAGUUAGUGUUUUGAAGUUUUGGUUUGAGUUGUAUACCGAAUUGAACUACAUUUCAGUUUUGCUGGUCAACUUGGACGCUAGAUAUGAUAAUCUUGAAAGUUGUUUUAGUUUAUUUGCUCUUGAAUUUUAUGUCAUCUUACUAAGUUUCUUUAUAUAUGGUUUCUUGUGCUUCCCCAA